CGGCGCCCCUCGCUAGCGACCGCUGUUCCGCGCCUCAGGCGGCCGAGGCCGGCUCGGCGCGCAGUUGCUGCUCCGCGCACGCGCCCGGCGGCGCUCCUGGUGCUGACAGCGCGAGAGAGCGCGGCCCUCAGGAGCUGGACGUAACCAGAUGCGAAACGUUUCAGGCGACCCUGGUCACCUAGGCUGGCGUUGCUCCGACUAAACUUGAAGCAGCCCCCGUCCUGGGAUGCGCUUUCCGGGUAAAAUUCGAAUGUAUGAGAACAUGUCCACAAUGGUGUACAUAAAGGAAGACAAGUUGGAGAAGCUUACGCAGGAUGAAAUUAUUUCUAAGACAAAGCAAGUGAUUCAGGGGCUGGAGGCUUUGAAGAAUGAGCACAAUUCCAUCUUACAAAGUUUACUGGAGACACUGAAGUGUUUGAAGAAGGAUGAUGAGAGUAACCUGGUGGAGGAGAAAUCAAACAUGAUCCGGAAGUCACUGGAGAUGUUGGAGCUUGGCCUGAGUGAGGCACAGGUUAUGAUGGCUUUGUCGAAUCACCUGAAUGCUGUGGAGUCUGAGAAACAGAAACUGCGUGCACAGGUUCGUCGUCUGUGCCAGGAGAAUCAGUGGCUGCGGGAUGAGCUGGCCAACACGCAGCAGAAACUGCAGAAGAGUGAGCAGUCUGUGGCUCAACUGGAGGAGGAGAAGAAGCAUCUGGAGUUUAUGAAUCAGCUAAAAAAAUACGAUGAUGACAUUUCCCCAUCUGAGGACAAAGACACUGAUUCUACCAAAGAGCCUCUGGAUGACCUUUUCCCCAAUGAUGAAGACGACCCAGGGCAAGGAAUCCAGCAGCAGCACAGCAGUGCAGCCGCGGCUGCCCAGCAGGGCGGCUACGAGAUUCCUGCACGGCUGCGUACGCUCCACAACCUGGUGAUCCAGUAUGCCUCUCAGGGGCGCUACGAGGUAGCUGUGCCCCUCUGCAAGCAGGCCCUGGAGGACCUGGAGAAGACUUCAGGACAUGACCACCCCGACGUGGCCACCAUGCUCAACAUCCUGGCCUUGGUGUACAGGGAUCAGAAUAAAUACAAAGACGCAGCUAACCUGCUGAAUGACGCCUUGGCUAUCCGUGAGAAAACCCUGGGCAAAGACCAUCCUGCGGUGGCAGCGACUUUGAAUAACCUUGCAGUCCUUUAUGGUAAAAGAGGGAAGUACAAAGAAGCAGAGCCAUUGUGUAAAAGAGCUCUGGAAAUCCGAGAAAAGGUUUUGGGGAAGGACCACCCCGACGUUGCCAAGCAGUUGAAUAACUUGGCCUUACUGUGCCAGAACCAGGGCAAGUAUGAAGAGGUCGAGUACUAUUACCAAAGAGCCCUGGAGAUCUACCAGACGAAACUGGGGCCGGACGACCCCAACGUGGCCAAGACGAAAAAUAACCUGGCAUCCUGCUAUCUGAAGCAAGGAAAGUUCAAGCAGGCAGAAACACUGUACAAAGAAAUUCUCACUCGUGCACAUGAACGGGAGUUUGGUUCUGUAGAUGAUGAAAAUAAACCCAUUUGGAUGCAUGCUGAAGAAAGAGAAGAAUGCAAAGGAAAGCAAAAGGAUGGGACAUCUUUUGGAGAGUAUGGCGGCUGGUACAAAGCCUGCAAAGUUGAUAGUCCAACUGUUACAACCACUCUGAAAAACCUCGGGGCACUUUAUAGACGUCAAGGCAAAUUUGAAGCUGCAGAAACAUUAGAAGAAGCUGCCAUGAGGUCUCGCAAACAGGGUCUUGACAAUGUUCACAAACAGAGGGUGGCGGAAGUGCUCAAUGACCCUGAGAACAUGGAGAAGCGCAGGAGCCGCGAGAGCCUCAACGUGGACGUGGUCAAGUACGAGAGUGGCCCUGACGGAGGGGAGGAAGUGAGUAUGAGCGUAGAGUGGAACGGGGAUGGCACUGGAUCUUUAAAACGCAGUGGUUCCUUUAGCAAACUCCGGGCUUCCAUUAGACGCAGCAGUGAGAAGCUGGUUAGGAAGCUGAAGGGAGGAAGUUCACGAGAGAGUGAGCCAAAGAACCCCGGCAUGAAGCGUGCCAGUUCUCUGAAUGUCCUUAACGUGGGUGGCAAGGCUGCUGAAGAUCGCUUCCAAGAACGAAAUAAUUGUCUGGCAGACUCGCGAGCUCUGAGUGCCAGCCACACUGACCUGGCCCACUGAGGGCGGCAGGGCUAGGUAACCUGCCUUGGCGAGUGUGAGACUGCCUCGCCCUGCCACGCCCCUCACUGCCCUGCCCGGAGGCGCCAGCCGCACUCCUUGGCUUUCUUUCCUAGAUAGUGACGUCCACCAACCUUGGAGGUGCCUUUUCAAAAUACCUGGGCGGCCAUGCCCCAGCAUUCUGUUACCCGGCCUGCAGUCCCAGUGCCAGGAGCCACCCCAGCCACCACCCAGCUGGGCUGGCACAGGGAGGCACAGGGGGCGCCAAGGCGGAUUCAGCACGCUGGGGAUUGGCUCCUGCUCACAGACCCUGUUGCAUUUCCUGCCUGCCACCUUUUUGCCAUAACACCAGACUCUCUUUUAAAUUGUAAUAUUGUAGUAAGCCUGUAAAUUGGGUUGGGCGAAGUGGCUCUCGCCUGUAAUCCCAGCACUUUGGGAGGAUGACCUGAGGUUGGGAGUUCAAGAGCAGCCUGACAAACAUGGAGAAACCCUCUCUCUACUGAACAUACAAAAUUAGCUGGGCGUGGUGGUGCGUGCCUGUAAUCCCAGCUACUUGGGAGGCUGAGGCAGGAGAAUCGCUUGAACCCAGGAGGCAGAGUUUGCAGUGAGUCGAGAUCAUACUAUUGCACUCCAGUCUGGAGACAGAGGGAGACUGCGAGACUCUGUCUCAAAAGAAAAAAAGGGCUGUAGAUAAAUCUGGAAAUGUAAAGUACCCCUUCUGAGCACUGUUCUUUCUCCUGGGGGCCCCACGCCCACCCCUUCUGAGCUGUUCUUUCUCCUGGCCCCACGCCCACCCCUUCUGAGCACUGUUCUUUCUCCUGGGGCCCCACGCCCACCCCUUCUGAGCACUGUUGUUUCUCCUGGGGCCCCUCGCCCACCCCUUCUGAGCACUGUUCUUUCUCCUGGGGCCCCACGCCCACCCCUUCUGAGCACUGUUGUUUCUCCUGGGGCCCCUCGCCCACCCCUUCUGAGCACUGUUCUUUCUCCUGGGGCCCCACGCCCACCCCUUCUGAGCACUGUUCUUUCUCCUGGGGGCCCCACGCCCACCCCUUCUGAGCACUGUUCUUUCUCCUGGGGGCCCCUGCACACAAAGCCAUUAGAGAUAUGCCUUUCACUUUUUAAAAGCCUCAGCUUUACAGAAUGAGGUAACAUGGUGGACUCUUGACAGGAACAUUUUCAAAUCAAUGCCGAGGCCAUCUUUCUCAGGGCUGUCCGCAGACUAACCCACAGGUAAGGAGCACACAAAACAGACGCUGAGGUGAGCACUGCUCCAUGCCAGCCUGCUAGGCCGCAGGACGGAGGGGUCUGCGAAAGGCCAGCCUGCAGCUUUCACCUAACAGGGCAGACGGCGGCACAGCAGAGGCUCACACUUGUCGCCUCCAGCCAUUGGUGCUUCCCGUGGGGCAUGGGGCCAAGGGCUGGGGACAGAGCAUCCUGGGGUUUUGUUACAAGGCUAGACUUUAGAAUACCUUUAAAAGUUUCAUGUCAUUUCUUCCCAUCUCGUGUCAAGGACUGCCCUGUUUGGGAAAAGGUGUGUGUUUCCGAGAGACGGGGCUCCAUCUAGUUGUGGGCGAGUGCCUGGCUCGGCAGCUGCCCCGUGGAGCGAGCCCUGUCCCCAAGCUGCCCACCUGUGGCUGUGGCUCCUGACUCCAUUCUUGUAGAUUCUUGGAUCAGGAACUUUCUAAAUUCUACACAGAGAUGUUUUAAAAGAAGUGCGGUGAUUUAAGCCAUUUCCCAUCUGGUGCUCUGAAUUUUUGUCUUCAGAGGAGAGAAGUGGUGGGCCCAGCCAUCCCUGUUCCUUUGUGCUGUCUUUCUGGUGAGGGGAACCCUGUGUGAGUCAGCACCUGUUUCUUCAGAGUUGCUGUCAAAAUAAUCACUGCUUCCCCCACGGCAGCCAUGUAUGCAGCGCAGGGGCCCAGCAGCCAUUGCAUGGGAGGGUCUGGCUCUGCCGGUGUACAGCUUAUCUCUGGGUAGUCUGUGCUGCUGUGACAGAAAGCAGGCCCUGUGACACGGGUGCUUCCCUGAGGCAGCAGCAGUGUGCAGCUCAGGCAUCCUCCGAGGUUGGCGGUGCCCAUGGGUGGCACAGGGGCCCUCUUGUGGGCAGCACUUGGUCUCAUGUUUACAGUAUUGGAGGGAUUCACAUAGUUAUUUCCUGGAAUUUCUGGAAUUAAAAAAAGAUUUCUGUUUGGUCAGAAAGCUGCUAGGAAUAUCAUGUAAUUAGAAAUUCAGUAUUUAUAGUAAGAUAUAUUAAACACUGCUAAGGAGGUAUGGUUACAGUCUAUAACAGGCUUUGCACUAUCAUAACGUUAUGGAAUUUUCCUGGAGGAGGUCAUUAGCUUCUGUUGGCACGCACUCGUGAGCUGUGUGUACACUGUGGUCAGGUUUCUGAGUCCCGUAGAGCACUCACGUCUGACGGCAUCUUGCCGGGGCGCCAGCUGUCUCAGGGCUGACACACAGAUGUGUAUUGUUUACAGUGAGUUCCGCGGCGUGUGGGGAAGAACUUCAGCGGUUUUAAAAUAAUGGUUAGGAAAUGAGGGUCAGGGCAUGUGGUUCCUGAUGGAGGGUCUUCAGGAGAAGACCUGUGGCCCUGGGCAGGGACUGGGCUCCCCAGGGGAUGGUCAGUGCUCCUGGGACUGCCAGGCCAGCCCUUCUGCAGACUUCGUGGUGGGGGGCAGUUCCCUAGGACAGGAAUCUCCGCAGCCCCUUCCCUCCAGGGCAGGAACUGAGGCAGAAUGGGCGGGGCAGGCCUAGCUUCCAGGAGUGUUUUCUCUAUUAAAUGUACCUGUCGUUAAGCUGUGUCUCGUUUUCUCACUGCUGGCAUGUCUUGCCUAGAAAAGCAUUUGGAAUUGCUCAUGUUCAGUUACAGAAAUAAAAUGUUUUGUUUCCUAUUGUAAAAUCGCUA